UGGGUUAGUUUAGCAGACGACGGGACGGACGGCUGGCCGUAGCAGACAGCGCAUAGCUAGCGGCUAGCGUCGUUCGCGGGCACUUGUCAGCGAACGUUUGAAUCGAAAGCUGAGACUCGCAUUAAGUCAGGGUGUUUGUUGUUUGUACGAACGAGAGCGGAAUCAUCAGCGUGUUCGCGAUGGAUCCCGAGGCCUUCCUGGAUAUGGCCAAUCAGGUCAUCAAGCUGAAAAUGUUCCCGUAUUUCGACAUAGCGCACUGCGUACUGUGCGCGCUGCAUGUCAGGGAGGAUCUGGGACCCGGUGCACAAGCAUUUUCUCGCAAGCAUCCUUUGUCAUGUUGGCUUUCUACAAUGUUAGUUUGUUUUGCAAGCGGUAUGCUAUGCAAUGGAUUAUUAGGGGAACCCAUUCUUGCACCUCUGAAAAAUACACCACAAGUGAUAGUCGCAACUAUUGUUUGGUAUGUGAUAUUUUAUACACCAUUCGACAUUGGUUAUAAGGUUGCCAAAUUUUUACCAGUAAAAUUGAUAUGUGCUGCUAUGAAGGAAAUUUAUAGGUGUAAAAAAGUAUAUGAUGGCGUUACUCAUGCAGGAAAACUUUAUCCAAACGCAUAUCUUAUUAUGAUAUUGAUUGGAACACUUAAAGGUAAUGCAGCUGGAUUUACAAAAUUAUUUGAGCGACUUAUACGUGGUGUAUGGACACCAACUGCAAUGGAAUUUAUGCAACCUAGUUUUCCUACUAAAGCAUCUAUGGUUGCAUCGAUUAUCUUUGUGCUAGAUAAGAAGACUGAUCUCAUUUCUGCACCUCAUGCUCUUGUGUACUUUGGCAUUGUUAUUUUCUUCGUCUACUUCAAAUUAUCUUCAAUUUUGCUCGGCAUUCAUGAUCCAUUUGUGCCAUUUGAAAAUUUGUUCUGCGCAUUGUUCUUGGGAGGAAUUUGGGACUCAUUGGCUAAAUUAUUGGGUCGUGGUCAAGCUAAAGACGAGAAAGCGGAUACAAAGAAAACAAAUUAAAUAAUGAAGACGUAUCAUUAUUUUGUAUCACCAUCCAUUACUUAAAAAGUGAUGAAAUAAAACUAUUUUAAGCUAGUCAGAUAACACACGGGUUACAUAUGACUCUGGACAAAUUAUCAAAUAUUGAAAGAGUACAAUAAUUUAAUAUAUAUAUAUAUACUUUAAGAGUGGAAAUUCAGUUUUCAAAGAGUGUCUUAUAAAAAUAUCAACAGUAUUAUAUAUUCAAAGUUUAAUUAAUGUUAAACUCUAUAAAUAUUUGAUAUUCUAUUCUUUAUUUCUUUAUUAUUUACAUGUAUUCUCAUAUUAAUGAAGAAAUUUCGUUUUUACAUGUAAAAUUUUUAUUAAUAAUUGUAAAUAUAAGAUUAUAUAUUAUUUAUCUUUAAUCUGGAUUUAAAUUGAUAUUGUUAAAAUUAAUAAGAUACACACAGAUUUAAUCAGCAAAUACCAGAAAUGUGUUCUUAUUUGAAAAUUUUGAUAGUAUCUCUUAUGUAACUAUUAAUAAUUGAUUUGUUAAAAUUUAUCAAAUUAUUUUGUAGUACAAUAUGCAAUUUUUAAUAUAUUGUAUAAAUACA